AUGAAAUUAAACAAAUUUUACAUAAGAUAUUAUCCACCAGGUAUUGUUUUUGAAUAUCAAAAGCGAAGGAAAAUAAAGCAAAAGAUUUUGGAUUUGUUUGAUAUUGAACGAGAAACAAAUGUAGAGAAACUAGCCGCUCAAAUUGCGAGAGAUGAACCAUUGAUAACUCCUAAAAUACUGCCUCAACUGGAAACGAUUUUGCAAAAACUUAAAGAUAAAACAUUGUUCAACAACCGAGAUAAUGUCCACAAAUCUUUCAAUGUUGACAAAACUCUGAGCAGUGGCCAUUUGUUACCAAUAACAAAUGUAUCCAUUGACAAGAUCGGAGAUAUUUGCGCCACAGGAAGCUAUGACCGAACAUGCAAGAUUUGGAACACCCGGACGGGUGAAGAGACAUCAACGCUCAUCGGACAUGAGAACGCAGUGUAUGUUGUGUCAUUGGCAAUUUCGGGAAGGUUAGUAUCACACGAAUGUGUUUGUGGCGAGCAUCGUUACCCACCAUGGCACGAUAUGCCUAAUUAG